AGCGUUCACAAGGUGCUCAUGGGCAAAGCUUCCCUCUCCCUUGGCAACCUGGUUGCGUGUUUUGUCUUUGGUGUUGUUGGCGGUAUCAGCGUAGCCAAGCAAUCGCGCUUGGAUGGGUGGAACUUUUUAGAGGUUGGAGUGACGCUCCAUGUAAUAGCGAGGAAUUAUGAUCCGCUGGGAAACAACAUGUCGGACUGCCUCCGCACCACUACAGUCGACAAGAACAACGGCAACUACACGGCGAAACAAGUCGUGACGUUCAUGAAUCACAAUGCUGGCAAAUGGAUGUCCAUCAACCAAGGUUUAGUAGCCUUUGGCAACAAGGAUAGAGAGUUCAAUUUCAUGAGAACUACAGAGGACUCCGCGGGACCGAAUAUGUCGUACGCAUUUUUGCACACGGAGAAAAGCUGUUGCGUCAUGGAGGUCAGUUACGCAGGAAUGAAGAGGACGGUGCUAGAGGUGGAGAAAAACUCGACACAGGAGGAGGCCGAUGGACGACACUGCGUGCUGUGGGUUAAGGAAGACGAAUUGGAAGCUCAUCAUGCAUCGUGCGAAGAAUACUUCCUGCGUGAGUGCGUUACCAAACACGUGUACACUGUUUUCAACAGGACAGAAUGCACGUCGACGCACACAAGUUGGAAUAUGAACAUAAGAACGAGAACGCUUGGGUAA